AUGAUAGCUUCGAAAAGCCCAAGAACAGGAGCAUGAGGAGAAAAAUCCGGCAAAAGGAGAGAGAGAAAAAACUGAAUGUACAGAAGGAAAGAGAGAUUUAAACAAGGUUGAGAUACAAAAAAAGACUGAAAAUUCUAUUCUUUUCUGUAACUGAGUUGUCACUGAUAAAUGUUGAUGUGCCUUCAGAGAUCAAGAGCAACAAGAGAAUAUCUUUAAAACAGGAAACAAUAGAAGAUAGACAGAAAAUACAGCAGACUUGCAUAGCUUCAGUCUUUAGAGUGUAUUUCACAAUUGCCUCAGCAAAACAUCUCUGGAGCUACAUAGUUUAGAUCUGAAAAUUUCAGCUAAUUCAUUCUGACCUUCCAUCUUCCUGUCUCCACGUAGCUAGCAGCCAAGUAGGCGGUAGCAAUUAAAAAAAAAAAAUCAUCAGUUUUGUGCUGCUCCAACUGUAAGAAAAAUCAUUUGAUUUUCUUUCCUUAUGCCAGCCUAAACAAGCUUUUCUCUGCCUACUUGUAAAAGUCAUACAAACCUGUCUCUGUCACACAGCAGCUGUUAAGAGCUAAGGCAGAGGCUGCAGUCAGGCUUCUGCAGUUCUACUUGCCUGCCACCACGACUGGCCCCCAAACUGCUUUCCCAGGCCUGCCUGACUGAGCAGCUGUGUCAGGGACACCUGAAGGGCCCAAGGGGUGCCAGAGCUGCAUUACAGACACCCAAACAAGGCCCCAGCAAUUCAUCAGGGCAGUGUGCAGGCUGAUGUUACAGUGCUCCACAAAGGUUGGCCGAACAGCAAUCAGCAUCUUUAGGUGAUGGCAACAUGCUUUUUAUUUAUUUAUUUUUCCCUAGCAAGGGGCAUUUCCAUAUUUUACCAAGCACUCUGAAGGCCAACAGAGGCAUUCUGAAGUGAAACAGCUGCUUCUGAAACUGUGACAAAAUGAGCAGCUUGUCGUUUUUAGUCUGAGCUGCGAGUUUCAUAUUUCAGCUCCUCCUUCACAUUCCAGGCCUGCCUAGUCUCCGAUCUUUUUGAAAAUGGAGCCUCUCACAGCUACUUAUCCUCUAAAAUAUUCAGUGCCCAAAGCUAGAGUCUUUGUUGUUUUUCUGUCAAUGGUUUUUUGUACAGCAGUCCUCUGCCUACUUCAACUCAGAUUUUUUAAACCUAAAACUAAAGAUUUUUAUUCUUUUGAAAUCAAGGAUUCACGGGGAAGAAUAGUUUCCUUGGAGAAGUACAGAGGGAAAAUUCUUCAAAGAAAGAACCUCGCUGGAAUUUCUGGAAGUACCUUGUCAGCCCUGAUGGUAAAGUUGUAAAAUUCUGGAGACCUGAAGAGCCAGUAGAAAGUAUCAAGCCAGAAAUAGCAUCAUUAAUCAGACAGAUCAUAAUGAAAAAAAGAGAAGACCUCUGAAAAAGCCAUUCACUCUGUGAAUCCAUUCAGUGGCACAGAUGUACAGCCUUACCACAUUCCUGGGAAAUGCUGCUAGAAGAAAAACAAUCAGGGGAUAUUUUUUUCUAUUUGAUGUUAGUAUUUUCAGCUACACUAUGUCAAUUAAUGUUGGGAUGACUUCUGUAACAGCCUUGAGAACCACUGAGAUUACAGAAAAUGGCAAGGCAAUAAAAACAUUGCAGGAAUGGACCUUCAAUUUACACAUAGUUCUUUAAAUUGUUAACAAGAGCUAAUUACAAUUGUUAUAAGCAGGCAAAUGGCUAAAAGGAAGAGGGUUGGUUGUAAAUGACUCAGUAUUUGCACCGAAAUUUUUCAUUUUCCAUCUACCAGUGAAAAUAAGUUUUGGUACUCCAUUAACACGUAACCAUGUUGACUGAAAGACAUGGGACUAAAAGCCAUCGUAUCAGGGUUUAUAGAGAUAAAUGCAGCUGACCAUAGCAGCUUUAUAAUACUGAUAGAUGAAAAUGACUGAAUUGUGAAGCUGUCAACUUAGUUGUAAAAAACUGUAUAUACAAAAUAAGAUUAUUAGAAGUAAAAGAAAAGAUGCAAAAAUGUU